AUGGGUGCACUACUUCUGGUAGCACUAAUGUGUUUCUGGGGCUGUUUCCUGUAUAAGAAACUUGGUAAACAUGAGGGUGGAAGUCUUGCAAUGGAUGUCAGUGGAGGUGCAUCAAUUGUGAUGUUUCAUGGAGAUUUGCCAUACACUUCAAAGGAUAUCAUUAAGAAAUUGGAGACCUUGAAUGAAGAACACAUUAUUGGUUCUGGGGGCUUUGGAACAGUAUACAAGCUUGCUAUGGAUGACGGCAAUGUAUUUGCCUUGAAAAGAAUUGUGAAGAUGAAUGAGGGCUUUGAUCGGUUCUUUGAAAGGGAGCUUGAAAUUCUUGGAAGCAUUAAACACCGAUACUUGGUGAAUCUGCGAGGAUACUGUAAUUCUCCAAUGUCGAAAUUAUUAAUUUAUGAUUUCUUACCUGGUGGUAGCCUGGAUGAAGCUCUUCAUGAAAGAUCUGAGCAGUUAGACUGGGAUGCACGACUCAAUAUAAUCAUGGGUACUGCAAAAGGCCUUGCCUAUUUGCAUCACGAUUGUUCCCCUCGAAUUAUACACCGUGACAUAAAGUCAAGCAACAUUUUGCUUGAUGGAAAUUUGGAAGCUCGGGUAUCUGACUUUGGACUAGCCAAAUUGUUGGAGGAUGAAGAGUCCCACAUUACAACCAUUGUGGCUGGAACUUUUGGGUAUCUGGCUCCAGAAUAUAUGCAGAGUGGCCGAGCAACAGAAAAGACCGAUGUUUAUAGUUUUGGGGUUCUGGUGCUCGAAGUUGUUAGUGGAAAGCGGCCCACUGAUGCAUCAUUCAUUGAAAAGGGCCUUAACAUUGUUGGCUGGGUAUGCCUCCUCUCUUCAUCUGUUUUUGUGCUUUCAUUCAUUGUUUUUGUAAUCCUCUUUGCUGUGAUGCCAAAUUUGAACUUAUCUGCAAAUGAAUUUGAGGUCAAGCAAUUAAGUGCCAAACCUUUGUAA